AUGCGCGAUACUGUCAUGUAUACUACUGCUAGGCUUCACCCAGGUGCGGAGCCGAUGAUGAACUUUGUGCGGCUCGACCGUUUCGCAGCGCAUUUUGACCGAGUUCUGAUCCAUCCUAAAGACUGGGAACAGCCCGGCACAAGUCGUGAGCAAGUCGCGCUGGCUAAUAUUCGGAAACUGUACCCCCAUGUCAAAUUACGAGCCGUUGAGGUGCUAUCAACACCCAGCGGUGAUCCGACAUGGCAAAAGAGCCUGACCAAGUUCCAUGCUUUCGCCCUUACUGAGUACACGCGCGUGUUACUCUUCGACUCCGACUCCAUGGUGUUGAACAACAUGGACUUCUACUUCCUCUCGCCUCUGGCCCCCGUGGCGGUGCCUCGUGCUUACUGGCUCAACAAUCCAGACUCCAGUAUCAAGGACCAGAUGCUGGGAUCGCAUGUGAUGCUCAUCGAGCCAAAUGAAGGAAACUACCGCCGGAUUAUCAACGAGGCAACCUCAUCCGGGGAUUUCGAUAUGGAAGUACUGAACCAUCUCUUCCGUGACUCGGCGAUGGUUCUGCCGCAUCGUCGGAUAGCGUUGUUGACCGGCGAGUUCCGGAACCAGAAUCACGACCGGUACAUGUCGGAGGAUAAGGAUGAGGGUUGGAACUCCAUGGCUGAGGUCUCACGGGCCUAUCUGGUUCAUUUCAGUGACUGGCCACUACCAAAACCGUGGUUGCAUCAUUCAGAUGAACAAUGGCAGGCUGCGCUUCCGGCUUGUCGCGCUGGUGAUACGGAGAAGAGUGACAGACCAAAAUGCGCGGAUCGGGUCAUGUGGAUGGCCUUCUAUGAGGAUUACUAUCUUGACCAGAAGCAGGUUUGUGACCCUCUGACAGCGACUGAAUAA